AAUCUACAGAGAGAGAAAGAAAGAGAGAGAGAGAGAGCACCUGCCAGAUGAAUGGGCUUUGGAGAGUUGGGCAUAACAUAUGUAAUGAUAAGGAAAGUACUUGACCAUGUGGUGGGGUUGUGACGGCAUGUGUGACCCAACAAGAGCAGGCACAAGCCACCAGUGGACCGGACAGCUCCUCUGAGACUCACUGCUAUGCUCUCUGAGGAGAAACAACUGUCCUAGGUUUUAACUUCAGUUGCAUUUUUCAUCUCACUGCAGUUGCGGGAUUAAUGCACAACAGGAUAACUUCUAUUUGGAACCAUGGUUGGCAAACAGGGGAGGCAAUGGAGGUCGUUGUGCAAAGGCCUUGUCCUGGGUACCCUACUCACUAGCUGUAUGAUCCUGCUCUACUGCCUUUCUGGGCCACAGGCCCAAUUCAACCUGCCUGAGGGUCCAGUGCCUUACUCCUGUGCCCAUCGACCUGCUCAAGCCCACACCAGACUUAUCACAAACAGCUCCCACCAUGCAGCGGGGCAGACAGGCAUCUGCACUCCCAAAGUGGACAUCAUGUUCAUGAAAACCCACAAGACAGCCAGCAGCACGCUCCUCAACAUCCUCUUCCGAUUUGGAGAAAAGCACCGGCUCAAGUUUGCCUUCCCAAACAGCCGUAACGACUUCUUCUACCCCUCUCCAUUCCAGAGCUCCCAGGUCAAGGACUACAGGCCUGGCAUGUGCUUCAAUAUCAUCUGCAACCACAUGCGCUUCAAUGCACCCGAGGUGGCCAAGGUGCUCCCUACAGACACCUCCUACAUCACCAUCCUCAGAGACCCGUCUGAGCUCUUUGAAUCCUCCUUCCACUACUUUGGCCGCCUGGUGCCCAUGACCUGGAAAAUACCAGGCGAGGACAAGGUGGGGGAGUUCCUGCGCGACCCCCGCCACUACUUUGACCCCAAUGGCUUCAACUCCUUCUACCUCAAGAAUCUGCUGUUCUUCGACUUUGGGCAGGACAACACUCUGGAGCUAGGCGACCCGCGGGUGGAGGAGGGCAUCCGGGCCAUCGCAGGCCGCUUCCAGCUGGUCAUGUUGGUGGAGCACUUUGACGAGUCCCUCAUGCUGCUCAAGGAUGCCCUCUGCUGGGAAAUGGACGACCUGCUCUUCUUCAAGCUCAACGCCCGGAAGGGCUCCACCGUGUCCAAACUGACCCCGGAGCUGAGGGCCAAGGCCCUGGAGUGGAACGCCGUGGACUGGAGGCUUUACCAACACUUCAACGCCACUUUCUGGAGGAAGGUGGAGGCAUACGGACGCCAGCGGAUGGCCGACGAUGUGGCGGAGCUCCAGAGGAGGAACGCAGAGAUGGCGGCCGUCUGUAUCGAGGGAGGCCAUGCUGUGGACGCAGGGAGCAUCCAGGAGACAGCCAUGCAGCCCUGGCAGCCCAUCGGGGAGAAGUCUAUCAUGGGCUACAACCUGAAAAAGAAUGUGGACAAGGCCCACCGCAAGCUGUGCCUUAAGAUGCUCACCCCAGAGCUGCAGUACCUGACAGAGCUGGGGGUCAACCUUUGGAUCACUAAACUGUGGGGUCAUGUGAGAGACGUUAUCAACUGGUGACUAGAGGGUCACUAGAGAGACACGAGCAAGAGGGGCCAAGAGAGCAUGGCUGUGGCUGUGUGCCUGCUUGUGUGAGAGCCCCUAUUGGAUCGCAUAUGACCUCCAUGGCCUGAAUGCCUGCAUAAGAUCAUAGGGGGUUUUGUUUUGCAUAGCCUCCUCAAUCAUCGCAUGAUGAACUCUUCCUCUGUGUCAGCAGUAUUGACUUGUUUGCCUUAAAUACAGUACAUGUUUGUAGUAUGUAAUGUACCUGACAGGUGCUUGAGAACCGCAACGUUUGCGUUAGAAUCUGAAGAUAAGCAUACCUCUUUAAAACGUGUUUGUGUUUAUAGGUAUAGCAUACUGAAUACCCUUUAUACCCUCAGCCCUGCCAAUCUUAGAGUAUUUUUGAAAUAAAGACUAAAUUAAAAAGAUGUCUGUUGAUUUGCUUUAUCAAGGUUGUUCGCAAAGUUAAGUUAAUGUCUUGAUGUGCAUUUUGCUUUACUUUUCAAGACAGAUAUCUAGAAAUCACAAUAUCUCUAUUUUACACCCAUUUUAGAAGUCAUGCUAAUAACACCAGAUUAUGUAAUAACUUUUAAUAAUGU